AUGCCGAGUCGCUGUGAGAUCUUCUGUGAAAUUCUGAUCGCCGUGUUGAUCCCUCCCUUGGGGGUUUGUCUAAGACACGGUUGCUGCACUAUUGAGUUUUGCAUAUGUUUGCUGUUGACUUUGCUUGGUUACGUUCCGGGAAUCAUCUACGCUCUCUAUGCCAUCGUGUUCGUGGAUCGCGACGAGUACUUUGAUGAAUACCGCCGUCCCCUCUAUGCCUCCCCCGCUUAA